UGUGUGUGUAUGUCUGCCAGAGACUCUGUUUGACCACAGGUAGUACUCACAUUACCCUGCCUGUGCUGUUCUCUGCUGCAGACUGCCUGGACCAGGACGUCUGCAGUUCAACCAACAACAGAAGUGGAAUUUCCCAGGGGCACCAAAAGCAUGACAUUCGAGUUUUCCUGAACAACUGAAGUGGAACGUAAGAGUUUGCUGGUCCAAGAGAGUACCAUGGACGGUGAACAAGGGCCAAGGAGUGACAAGCCAGGAGGCUCUCCUCACCUCAGAUUUCUUUCAAAUCCAUUGAUGGGGGAUAUCGUGUCUGAUUGGUCUCCCCUGCAUGAUGCUGCAAUCCAUGGACGUCUGCUGACCAUGAGGAACCUUAUCAGCCAGGGCUGGCCUGUAAACAUCAUUACAGCCGAUCAUGUGUCUCCACUCCAUGAAGCAUGCCUCAGAGGUCAUCUCUCCUGUGCAAAUGUCUUACUAAGCCACGGAGCUCAGGUGAAUGGCAUGGCUAUUGAUUGGCGAACCCCCUUGUUUAACGCUUGCGUUAACGGCAACCAGGACUGUGUGAAUCUGCUGCUGCAGCAUGGAGCCGCUGCCCAUCCUGAGAGUGAUCUGGCCUCUCCCAUCCACGAGGCUGCUAAGAGAGGGCAUGUGAAGUGUAUCGAGACCCUUGCAGCUCAUGGGGCCAAUAUUGACUACAACAUCAGCCACCUGGGCACUCCUCUGUAUGUGGCUUGUAAAUACCAGCAGAUAGCCUGUGCCAAGAAGCUUCUGGAGUCAGGAGCAUCUGUGAAUCAAGGCAAAGGUUUGGAUUCUCCUCUUCAUGUGGUGGCCAGGAUGUCCAAUGGGGAUAUGGUGCAUCUGCUCAUGGACUUCGGAGCAAGUGUUUAUGCUAAGAACGCUGAAGGCAAACGUCCCGUAGAGCUGGUGCCUCCAGAGAGUCCUGUGAUCGAGAUCUUCUUGCAGAGAGAAGGACCUCUGUCUUUGAUGCAAUUAUGCCGCCUGAGAAUCCGGAAAUGCUUUGGCAUUCGGCAGCAUCAUAAGAUUUCUGGACUCCUCCUCCCGGAAGACCUGAAGCGCUUCCUUUUACACCUUUAAGUGUGUAGGGGGUGGAUCCACAAACAACUGAAAUGUUGUUGAAACUUCUGCCACUGGAGUUUCAAAUAAACAGGCUUAUA